AUGGAUGAGACACCAAAGCCACUCACAUUGUUCCAGCCGCCCUCGCCGGCCGAGGCAAAGCGCAUUGCGAGACAGCAUGCGGCUUUUGGUCCACUCGGCUCAAAACAACACCUCUACUCAUCACGCUUUGUUGGCACUGAGUUUCCGGAGCCUAUCGAAGAUGAGCCGCCGUAUUAUUACUUGAUCACGACCUACAUCUCAUACCUCAUCCUCAUCAUUUUCGGUCACGUCCGCGACUUCUUCGGCAAGAAGUUCAAGCCCGAGCAAUACAAGCAAUUACGAGAAUACGACGGAUAUGCUCCUUUGAACUCUGAUUUCGACAACUUUUACAUUCGUCGACUGCAGCUGAGAAUCAACGACUGUUUCAGGCGACCGGUCACUGGCGUUCCAGGCCGUUUCAUCACACUGCUCGACCGCACCAGUGACGACUUCAACCUCUCCUUCAAGCUCACUGGCACAACGACCCAGACGCUUAACCUGUCCUCGUACAACUAUCUGGGAUUCGCACAGGCAGAGGGCGAGUGUGCCGACACUGCCGAGUUGGCUGUCAAGAAAUACGGUAUUUCAUACUGCUCCCCUCGUGGAGACGUCGGCACUAGCGACUUGCACAACGAGGUCGAAACCCUUGUUGCCAGCUUCAUCGGCAAAGAAGCAGCUACCAUUUACUCCAUGGGCUUCGUGACCAACGCCACCAUCUUCCCUGCUCUGGUCGGUAAAGGCUGUCUUUUGAUCUCAGAUCAGCUCAACCACGCGUCGAUUCGUUACGGUGCACGCUUGUGCGGUGCUGUUAUCGACAUGUUCAAGCACAACGACAUGCAAGACCUGGAACGUCUUCUGCGUGAACGGAUCUCUCAAGGUCAACCGCGGACACACCGUCCCUGGAGAAAGAUCCUGGUCGCCGUCGAAGGUCUGUACAGCAUGGAGGGUAACAUGUGCAACCUUCCCGGCCUCGUCGCAUUGAAGAAGAAGUACAAGUUCGCUCUCUACGUCGACGAAGCCCACUCCAUUGGCGCUCUUGGUCCUCGUGGACGUGGUGUUUGCGACUACUUUGGCAUUGACCCGUCUGAGAUUGAUAUCCUCAUGGGUACCUUUACCAAGUCCUUCGGUGCCAACGGUGGUUAUAUUGCUAGCAGCAAGGCUCUCAUCGACAAAAUUCGUGUUACCAACGCAGGAACAAUCUUCGGUGAAACUCCUACACCCGCCGUGCUUGCUCAAAUCAGCUCCAGUCUGCGCAUCAUCGCUGGCGAAAUCGUCCCGGAUCAAGGUGAAGAGCGUCUGCAACGUCUCGCCUUUAACAGCCGUUACCUCCGCCUUGGAUUGAAGCGACUCGGUUUCAUCGUCUACGGUCAUGACGACAGCCCGAUCGUUCCUGUCUUGCUCUACCACCCCGCCAAGAUUCCCGCCUUCUCCCACGAGAUGCUGAAGCGCAAGAUUGCUGUUGUAGUCGUGGGCUACCCGGCAACACCUCUCAUCUCCUCGCGUGCCCGCUUCUGUGUCAGCGCUGCUCACACUAAAGAUGAUCUCGACCGUGUCCUCGCCGCCUGUGACGAGGCUGGUGACGUUCUUCAGCUCAAAUUCAGCUCUGGCAUUGCAGGAGGUCAAGUACCAAAGCCCGACGGAUCGGACAAUGACAAGGAGGUCGAGGUUCGCUCUUGCCUCGAGGGCAAUGGCGAGCCCGCUCUCAUCGCCCCUCGAUGGAAGCUCGAUGAGGUCCUCCGUCGCGGUGUCAAGGACGUCAAACAACCUCUCUGUUAG